GUUGUCGGCUGCCGGUAUCCACGUCCUAGGAUCGAUUCUAGACUGUGAAAUUUCAUAUAUUUUGUAAAAGGAAAAUAGAAAGAUGGCGCCGACAACAAUAGCUGAGGACAGGCUGCAGUCGGGACACCGGCUGUCGCAUCCUCCGCCCGGAGACGAGGUCCUCAUCACAGGCGUGUCGGGAUACUUCCCCGACUCGGACUCCGUCAUACACCUGCAGGAAAACCUUUUUAAUAAGGUGGACUUAAUCUCCGGUGAUGCUCGUCGUUGGAAGCUGGCCCACCCUGAGAUUCCACAGCGUACUGGCAAGAUCAACAAUGUCAACAAAUUCGAUGCGUCCUUCUUUGGUGUCCAUUACAAACAAGCUCACACCAUGGACCCUAUGUGCAGGAUCCUGCUGGAAAAGGCUUACGAAGCCGUCAUUGAUGCUGGUGUGAACCCAAAAGAACUACGCGACACAAAGACCGGUGUGUUUGUUGGAGCUUGUUUCUCAGAAUCAGAGAAAACAUGGUUCUACGAAAAGAUGCAGGUCAACGGUUUCGGUAUUACUGGAUGUUCCCGUGCCAUGUUGGCCAACCGCAUCUCCUACUGGUUGGGAGUGACUGGUCCCUCAUACACUGUGGACUCUGCCUGUUCAAGUUCCUUGUACGCUUUGGAGCACGCCUUCAGGGCUAUCCGUGACGGUCACUGUGACGCUGCCAUCGUCGGAGGGUCCAACUUGUGUCUUCAUCCUUACGUAUCACUGCAGUUCUCCAGAUUGGGAGUGUUAUCACCCGACGGUAGAUGUAAGAGUUUCGACAACAGUGCCAACGGUUACGCUCGUUCAGAAGCCAUUGUUGUGGUCUUCUUGCAAAAGGCUAAAGAUUCCAGAAGGGUCUACGCUCAGCUCCUACACGCUAAGACCAACUGCGAUGGUUACAAAGAACAAGGUAUCACGUACCCAGCUGGUCACAUUCAGAAGCUGCUCCUCAGAGAGUUCUACGAGGAGUGCUCCAUCCCUCCGUCUAUUUUGGAGUUCGUAGAAGCUCACGGCACAGGUACCAGAGUCGGUGAUCCCGAGGAAUUGCUGGCUAUUGAUGAGAUUUUCUGUACCGGUCGCAAGGAUCCACUCUUGAUCGGAUCCAUCAAGUCCAACUUAGGACACAGUGAGCCUGCCUCCGGUCUCUGCUCUAUUGCUAAGAUGUGUAUCGCCUACAGCACUGGUUACAUUCCCCCCAACUUGAACUACAAUGUGCCUCGUGAAGGAGUAGCAGCACUGGCUGAGAAGAGGCUCUCAGUAGUGACUGACAAGACACCCUGGGGCAGGGGCAUGUCAGGAGUCAACAGUUUCGGAUUCGGAGGAGCCAACGCUCACGCUCUUUUAAAGGAUGUCGCGAGAGCAAAGGUCAACAACGGUAUUCCAUCAGACGACUUGCCCCGUCUCGCCUGUGUGUCUGGUCGUACAGAGUCUGCAGUUGCCAGGAUCUUAGAUGACCUGGAGUCCAGGACAGUAGACGCUGAGCUGAUCCGUUUGUUACACGCUAUUCAUGAUGAUGACAUUGCUGGACAUGUUGUCAGAGGAUUCACACUGCUGGGUUCAACCCCCACCAAAAGCGUGUCUCUAGCACGUGAGAUCCAGUACUUCUCAGGAGUACGUCGCCCAGUGUGGUUCGUGUACUCGGGUAUGGGCUCCCAGUGGGCCGGUAUGGGCAAGGAGCUCAUGAGGAUCCCCGUCUUCGCUGCUGCUAUUGAGAAGUGCCACAAAGCUCUAGAACCUAAAGGCAUCAAUCUGACGAAGAUCAUUACUGACCCCGACCCUAAGAUCUACGAUAACAUCCUCAACUCCUUCAUUGGUAUCGCCGCUGUACAGAUCGGUCUCACUGACGUAUUGAAGACCAUUGGCGUCGAACCUGAUUACAUCAUUGGACACAGUGUCGGUGAGCUUGGUUGUGCUUACGCCGAUGGCUGCUUCACCGCCGAAGAGAUGAUCUUGUCUGCAUACAGCAGAGGCUUGGCUUCCAUUGAAACUCCCUUCAUCAAGGGAUCCAUGGCUGCCGUCGGUCUUAGUUACAACCAGAUCAAAUCCAUGUGCCCACCGGAGAUUGAAGUGGCAUGCCACAACGGACCAGACUCUAGUACCAUCUCUGGCCCUGCUGACAUCAUGAAGAACUUCGUUGCCAAGCUCUCUGCUCAGGGUAUCUUCGCUAAGGAGGUUCCUUGCUCCAACAUAGCUUACCACUCCCGUUACAUCGCCGAGGCUGGCCCAACUCUAUUGAAAUACUUGAAGCAAGUGAUCAAGAACCCGAAGGCUCGUUCAGAGAAAUGGGUGUCCACCUCAGUGCCUCAGGCGCUAUGGAAAGACCCGAAAGCUGAACUGUCUUCAGCCGAGUACCACACCAACAACUUAUUGAGCCCAGUCUUGUUCGAGGAGACAGCUCGUCUGAUCCACUCUAACGCGAUCACCAUCGAGAUCGCUCCUCACGGCCUGCUGCAAGCCAUCCUGCGCAGAUCUCUGAAGAAGGACGUCAUCAACGUUGCUUUGACACAGAAAGGACACCCAGACAAUGUCCAGGUUCUCUUCACUGCUUUCGGAAAACUUUACGAGUCAGGUCUGAACCCACACCUCGCUAACAUCUACCCACAUGUGCCGUUCCCAGUGUCACAGGGUACGCCUAUGCUUUCCCACCUCGUCGAAUGGGAACACAGUGAAGAUUGGUACGUAACAUCAUACAAGGCACAAGAAAAGAUGAAGUCUGGUGAGAGGACAGUCAGGAUGUCCAUCGUUGAUGAGGACUGUGAAUACAUGGCUGGUCACGUCGUGGACGGCCGUAACUUAUACCCUGCCACCGGUUACCUGGUCCUCGUCUGGGAGACCCUCGGUAUGAUGAUGGGAGAGCUCUACACUGAAGUAUCAGUAGUCUUCGAGAACGUGCGCUUCCAGAGAGCCACGAACAUUCCCAAAGAAGGAAACCUGGAAUUCAUCAUCAUGAUCCAAAAGGGCAGUGGUAACUUCGAGAUCGUUGAAAGUGGUGCCUCCAUCGUGACUGGUCGCAUCUACGCCAAGAAGAACGUUGGCCAAGACUUCAGGGUACUCCCACACUUGCCUGAAGUUACUGGUCCCUCUAUCAAGCACUUGCUGACCAAGGACUUCUACAAAGAACUACGUCUCAGAGGAUACCAGUACAGCGGUCUCUUCCGUGGCGUCCUCGGAUGCAACGUCGAAGGUACCCGUGGUCGUCUCACUUGGGUCAACAACUGGGUCACCUUUAUGGACUGCAUGCUGCAGAUGAAGAUCAUCGGCCAAGACACCAGGGGUCUCUUCGUACCCACCAGGAUUGAGAAACUCUCCAUCGAUGCCAACAUGCAUUAUAACGCCAUUUCCAAAAUGAACCCUGACUCCAACAAGAAUUCGUUUGAGAUUCGCGUGUACCCUGAUGUCGAUGUUAUCAGGGCUGGUGGUGUCGAAGUCCGUGGUCUGCAUGCUACCCCUAUCACCAAGAGGCUGCCUCUUGGAGUGCCCGUACUUGAGAAGAACGAGUUCGUGCCCAACUACGGCAAGUCCAAGAUGAAGAUCGAAGACAUUCUCCGCGCUAACAUCCAGCUGGUUCUUGAGAACAUCCAAACUUACAAGGUCAAGAGCAUUGAGCUGUGCGAUGAGGAAUACAAGAAGAAUGAUCUGAAACCCAUCCUUGAAAACAUCGGAGAUAUGCUUGGAGAUCUCCCCUUGGUCCAGGCUGAGCUAUUGCUCAUUUCUGAAGAGCCCGUUGAGAUGCCAUCCAACAUUACCGUUGAAAAUAAGAAACUGUCUGGAGAGAGUAACACUAUUCUAUUUAUUGGUGCUAAUCUUCUUGGCAGACCUGAGAUUCUACAACAAGCAGUUAGCACCCUCCGUGAUAAGGCCUUCAUCAUCAGUCGCGAAAAGGAACGCCCCAACCCUAAGGAUUACUCCGACAAGUACGACAUCGUGACCAUUCAAGACACAGGUUUCGAAUACAUAGUACUACUAAGAAAACGUGUGGGAGCUAGGCCAGCUAAGUUCGUCAGAAUCUUGGCUUCUGAUGAUACUUUCGCAUGGAUCGACAAAGUCAAGGAGGAACUCAAAGAAGGCCAGAAAGUGGUUCUUUACACACAAGAUGAACACAUCAACGGUCUCUUGGGAUUAGUGAACUGUCUAAGAAAGGAGCCUGGUGGUGAGAUCGUGUAUGGUCUCCUUAUUUCUGACCCAUCUGCCCCACCAUUCAACCCUGACUUGGAAUUCUAUGAAGAACAGCUAGACAAAGAUUUGGCUCUGAAUGUAUACCAAGAUGGACAAUGGGGUACAUACCGCCAUCUUCUUUUGGGUGAUUUGGAGACAGUUCGUGCUAACCACGCUUAUGUCAAUACCCUUACCAUCGGAGACCUUUCUUCCCUGAGAUGGGUGGAAGGUGCCAUCAGAGACAACCAUGUCUUCAAAAACAAGGAAAAAGUGCUGGUCCACGUAUACUGCGCUGCAUUGAACUUCCGUGACGUUAUGACUGCCAUUGGUCGUGUCACGGUAGACGCUGUUGCUCGUGGUCGUCUAGCCCAGGAGUGCGUACAAGGUUUCGAGAUCGUCGGAAAGACCGUCAACGGUUCCCGUGUUAUGGGUAUGAUCCGUAACCGUGGUAUGGCUAACUUGGCUGAGGGAGACAAGUUCCUCCUAUGGGCCAUCCCUGAUGAAUGGAGCUUCGAAGAAGCCGCUACCGUGCCUGUCGCUUACGGAACUGUUUACUACGCCAUGGUUAUGGUUGGUCAAAUCCAACGCGGUGAGUCCAUCCUUAUCCACGCCGGUUCCGGAGGAGUGGGUCAGGCCGCCAUCAACGUGGCGCUCCACUAUGGUUGUGAAGUCUUCACCACCGUCGGUACCGCUGAGAAGAGAGCCUUUAUCAAGAAGUUGUUCCCACAACUUAAAGACAGCCACAUCGGUAACUCUCGUGACACUUCCUUCGAGGAUAUGAUCAGACGCGAGACCAACGGCAAGGGUGUCGACAUGGUCCUCAACUCCUUGUCAGAUGACAAACUACAGGCCUCUGUCCGUUGCUUGGCGUACCGUGGUCGUUUCCUCGAGAUCGGUAAAUUCGACAUCAGUAACAACACGCCCAUCGGUAUGUACUUCUUCUUGAAAGAAACCUCCUUCCACGGCAUUAUGUUGGACUACAUCUUCGACCAGAACCAUCUCUUCAGGAAGCGCCUGCAAGACCUGCUCCUCAGUGGUAUCGAGAAUGGUGCCGUCAGACCUCUGACUUAUUGCACGUUUGAGUCCAACGAAGUUGAAAAUGCUUUCCGUUACAUGGCUGCCGGUAAACACAUCGGAAAGGUCAUUGUCAAGAUCCGUGAAGAAGAGCGCAGCAACCGUCCUGUUAAACCCGUAGCAACACCCAUUGACGCUGUACCUAGGUACAUCUGUCACGAAGACCACGUAUACGUGGUAGUCGGUGGUCUUGGAGGUUUCGGUCUAGAAUUGGCUGACUGGCUCAUCAUGCGAGGCGGCAGGAAGAUCCUGCUCACUUCCCGCAGAGGCAUCACCAACGGAUACCAGUCAUCGCGAUUGAGGGCUUGGGCAUCAUACGGUGCUGACGUUCAAAUUUCAACACAUGACGUCACAACUGAGUCUGGAUGUGAGGAAAUGCUCAAGAUGGCGCUCAGCAUGGGACCCGUGCACGCUAUCUUCAACUUGGCUGUCAUCCUGAAGGAUUCCAUCUUCCAGAACCAAACCCCUGAGACCUUCAAAACAUCAUUCGCACCGAAGGCUCUUGCUACCAUGCACUUGGACAAACUUUCAAGGAAACUGUGCCCAGACUUGAAGGACUUCGUCAUCUUCUCGUCCGUGUCCUGUGGUCGUGGUAACGCUGGACAGACCAACUACGGUCUUUCGAACUCCGUGAUGGAGAGGAUCUGUGAAUGGAGGAAGAAGCUCGGCCUCCCAGCUCUGGCUGUGCAAUGGGGAGCUAUUGGUGAUGUGGGUCUAGUAGCCGACAUGCAGGACGAUGAUGUCCAACUUGAAAUCGGAGGUACCCUGCAGCAGAGAAUAUCUUCCUGCUUGACUGCUCUUGACAAGUUCAUGAAGCAGGACGCUCCUAUCGUGUCCUCAAUUGUAGUGGCUGAGAAGAAGGCUGGAGGUUCAGGAUGUGGAAACAUUGUGGACGCUGUGGCACAGAUUAUGGGUAUUAAGGACUUGAAGACGGUAUCACAACAAGUCUCUCUAGCCGAGUUGGGUAUGGACAGUAUGAUGGCUGUCGAAAUCAAACAGACUUUGGAGAGAGAAUUCGAGAUCUUCCUUACUGCUCAGGACAUCAGAACAUUGACGUUCGCCAGGCUGGUAGAACUAACAGCACAGCGUGAAGCGGCUGCAUCUACAUCAGCGUCUCGUCCCGCCAACGUUGAAGGAGCUGUUGGUCUUCGAGUACUCAUGAGGAACUUCGGAGAUGAGAACACGGCUUCUGAACCUCUUGUGUACAUGCCUUCUAUGGUCAGCGAUGGAGUUGAGGGUGAGGAAGCCAUCCACGUGAUGGAGCGUGUGAUGUUCAUGCUGCCAGGUCUGGAGGGCUGUGCGGCAGUCCUGGAACCGCUCUGCAGGAGAUUGAAGAUCAAGGUCUGCGUACUGCAGCUUGGCGUGGAGCACAAGAACGAGAAUAUGGACCAGAUGGUCAACAGGUUACACCAGACGGUGAUUUCAAGACUAGCACCUGGUGCUCCAUUCUGGCUCCUCGGAUACAGUUACGGUUCUCUGCUCAUCCUGGAGUUGGCUUCCAGGCUGGAGAAGGAAGGCUUCAAGGGAACAGUAUUCUGCUUGGAUGGUGCCCCUGACUUCCUCUACGCUCUCCUCACGAUGACCAUCAGCUUCAAGAACGACUUCCAACUGCAGAACAACUUGCUAUGUCACACCGUCGACAUCGUCGCCCCCAACAACGACGUCACCAAGGGCCUGAUGGAGAAACUCAAUGAAAUCGAGUCUUAUGAGGAGAGAGUCGCUUUGACCAUCAAGACGUCGCCAGUCCAGAGCAAGUACUCCGACAAGUUCAUCGCUAACAUCGCUAGGGCUUCCUUCGACAGGCUUAAGACCAUCCUUGACUUCGACCCUAAGGCUUUCAGGAAGCUACAGUCCCCGGUCAUCCUCCUUCGUCCCAAAGAGAACCCGUCCUUCGUAGCUGUAGAAGAAAACUACGGUCUCGACAAGUACACAGAGAACAAUGUCACCGUACACUUCCUCGAGGGUAACCACAUCUCUAUCAUUGAGAACAAGGACUGUGCCAACAUCAUCAACAGAGUUUUGGUCGAGAACGAAAAACAGGAUGGCAAAACCACCGAUAACGUGGUCACCAGUAUCGUUGAAAACGCGAGAGAAGUCGCAGUCUAA